CUGAGGGAACCGGCUUGACCUCCUCCCCUCUGAGAUCACGAUGCAGCAAUGUUGAGACUCAUGGUCUUUUCCAUGAUCCGUUUCUCCAUAGCUCUGUUGCCCUUGAUCCGUUUCUCCAAAGCCGUCCUAGUGCAGAACAUGGCUUCACUUGCACACAUGCAAAUUCAGUGUUCAUCGUUUACACCAAAAUGUGAUGAGAAAUUGAAACCAAAAGUUGGGAUGGAAUUCAAAGGACUCGAGGCCGUGGAGGAGUUCUAUAAGUCAUAUGCACAUCAUGUGGGUUUUGGAGUUCGAAUCGGACAACAAAAGAAGUUGAAGAAUGAGGUCGUUCGAACUAAGCGCUUCAUGUGCAAUAGGGAAGGAUACCAAUCUGAGAAGACUAAAGAGAUUGAAGAUCCCUUAAAGAAAAGGCGUAAGAGUACAACCACAAGAUGCGGUUGUGAUGCACAUAUCUUCGUUAGGCUGUGUGGUGAUAACACCUACAAGAUAGACUCAUGGGUUGAGCGCCAUACUCAUGGUCUUGUAUCGCCUGACAAGCGUCACUUGAUCAGGUCAAAUCGUCAAAUCAGCGAGAGGGCAAAGAAUACACUGUACACAUGCCAUAAAGCAAGCAUAGGGACCUGCCAGGCAUAUAGGCUCCUCCAAGUCAGCGAGGGUGGGUUUGAAAAUGUUGGAUGCACGAAGGACUUGCAAAAUUACUACCGUGACUUUAGGUAUAAAAUGAGGAAUGCAGAUGCUCAAAUGUUUGUGGCUCAACUAGCUAGAAAGCAAGAGGUCAAUCCUGGAUUUUUCUAUGAUUUUGUUGUGAAUGAUGAGGGAAAGUUGGAGUAUGUGUUCUGGGCAGAUGCCACGAGUAGGAAGAACUACAACCACUUUGGUGGUGAUGGCGUGACUUUCCUUCGAGCAAUGGGAGGGGUAGCGCCUAGUCUCAUCAUAACCGAUGAAGCUGGUAGCAUGAAGAAUGCAAUUGAUGAAGUUCUUCCAACUACUGCACACACAGGUUAUGCAUGUGGCACAUAA